AUGACUUUACAGUCGUUCGUCAUCCGCUUUGCAGGCCCCAAGCGAAAGGCGGCUCCGUCGGUUCUCGUAAGCAAGCCUCAAGUGGACAGAAAUACACAUCUGCGCUGCCCACCAGCCUCCUCGAGACGUUCUGGGGUGCGUUCCGGCAGCAUGUUUCCUGGACUUGAAGAUCGUAAUUGGAGUGCAGGGCUCGCAAGCGAAUCAAAGGAUCCCUACAGGUUUGACAUCCCAGCAGAGUCGGUUUAUGAACAUGGCCUCGCCCCCGCAAUUAAAGGAGGGAAAGAGGUGUUGAUAGUGCCCAUGUAA